UGGUGAAAACUUAAUUUGAUUGAGUCUUUCUGCUUUGAGCUUUGAUUUUCUUCUCAUGAGCCAUGAUACCCGUUCCUCUGGUGGUGUGUGUGAUGGGAGGCUGGUGCGUUAUCUAUCUCACCGACACACUCCUCAAGUCGUCCAUGACACACCGGAUCAGCUACGAGUCAUGGUUGGCGAGUCGGGGACUGAUGCUGUCCCCUUUCCACUUGAGAUGGCAGACCACCAUGUUCAACCGACUGUUUGCGUACUGUGCUCGCAUCAACCCCCAUGUCCUCUACCUGUGGUUCAGCAGCGGUCUGGUGUUUGGUGUAGUAGCCAUGGUGGGCUCAGUGGUGCUCCUGAUCAGAACGCUGCAGCAGACGCUGGCUCAGAUGACCACAGAUAAUCCACGGAUAGCCGGUCAGCAGGCCUUGCAGGUGGUGGUCCCUGGUGUCAAUCUGCCAACCAGUCAGCUUGGCUACUUCUUCAUUGCCCUGCUGCUCAGUGGUGUAAUACAUGAGUUGGGCCAUGCCGUGGCAGCUUUGAGGGAGCAGGUGCGAGUGAACGGCUUCGGGAUGUUCGUGUUUGUAGUGUACCCCGGGGCGUUCGUUGAUCUCUUCACCACCCACCUCAACCUCAUAUCACCCACUCAGCAGCUUCGCAUCUUCUGUGCUGGAGUAUGGCACAACUUCGUUCUGUGUGUGGUAGCUUUGGCUUUCCUCUUCCUGUUGCCGCUCUUGCUGUUUCCCAUGUACGGUACGGGUGCUGGGGCAUUCGUGACUGAAGUGGUACAGGGCUCGUCGGCUGAGGGCCCCAGGGGCCUGUCGGUGGGGGACAUCGUGACAGGACUGGAGGACUGCACGGUUAAAGGAGUAGAGGACUGGGCCAGCUGCCUGUUUCACCUCUCUCACACCCCACAGACUGGAUACUGUGUCCCUGCCUCCAGCCUGCAACCCAGCUGGGCCCAUGGACGAGCAUUUAAGCGUUUGGAUGGAACCAUGGACUGCUGCAGUAAUAACAGUCUGACAGACCUCUGCUUCUCCUAUACCAACCCACAGGACAAGAACAGCAGAGAGAAAGAAUAUGCCUGCAUGCCGGUGCGCAAGAUGGUGACGGGCACCCGAGCGUGUCGCAGUGAUGAGGACUGUCUCACACACUCCCACGCAGCCAGCGUGUGUGUCACCCCCUCUCUGGAGAACCAGACCCGUUUCAUUCGUGUUACACAUCCCCCAAACACACAAAUGCUGUUUGUUGGAUACCCUCCACACCUCCAGUAUGCUGUGAGCCUAACCAACUUUGUGCCGCGGUUUGGUUUCCUCCACCUGGACAUGCCUGUCUUCCUGGAGACCUUCUGCAAAUACAUUGUGUCUCUCUCCGGGGCAUUAGCCGUGGUCAACUCUGUCCCCUGCUUUGCCCUCGACGGUCAGUGGAUGCUCAACGCCCUGCUGGAGGCCACGCUGGUUACCGUGGUAACAGAUCGGCAGCGGCGCGAGCUGAUCGGCUUCUUCCUGCUACUGGGGGGAAGUGCCUUGCUGGCAGCCAACGUAGCACUUGGGCUGUGGAUGGUCACCGCACGGUAGCCGCGGCAACAAGGGGCCCUAGGAAUUGGCGCCACAGCAACGGGGAUGGUAGAGGUUGAAAAAAACAACCAAGACUCUAAAUUUGAGGGUAUCUUGCCCCUUCCAGACUGAACACAGACUUUGAACACACAUGAGGAAAAGACUACAUUACCCAGCAGUGCUUCCUAAUUGCAUAAGGCAUGCUGGGAAUUUUAAAAUGUCAGUGUCUUUGGGCUUCCAGUGGACCGGCAAGAACAUAGUCAAAUUAGUUCUCCUUCCACACACACACACACACACACACACACACACACACACACACACACACACACACACACACACACACACACACACACACACACACAUACCAAGUAUUUGCUCAUAGGCACUAAAACAAGUGACUGUUUACAAUAACCGCACAAUCUGUUAUAGUGUGUGUGUGUGUGUGUGUGUGUGUUUGAGAGACAGCCGUCUAGUUCUAUGUGUGAAUAGAAUAAUGUAAAUGUUUCAUUCUAAAAUGCUGCACAUCAGUGCUGGAAAGAUAUUGCGUCCCAAAAUGAUUUGAUCCUCAAAGCCAUCAUUAAUCUGUAAGGUGAGGCCUUUUAGUGAAACAAAACUUCAACAGCAACCAGUCAUUAACUUGAAUGCCAGCAGUCAGUUGGCAACUCCUGACUUAUAUUUUUUUCUUUUGUUCGUAAAUCGUCAUGUUGGGAUAAAGCUGAUUUGUUUUGU